AUGGCUACACAUAUCACGCCCCGUCUGCCUACCUCGCCGCCAUCAAGCCCAAUGCGCCCAGAGACAGCACAGUGUACAAUCCGAGCCAUUCCGCCAUCGCCAUCGCCAUCGCCAUCGCCAUCGCCAUCAGCUUCGCCGCUUAGCCAGACAGCAGCCUUGUGGCUCAACUAUGCUGACACGGGCACACGUGAUCCUGACACUUUGACAGAUAGACAAGUCCCCGGCGGAGAGGCCGUUGAAUCGGCCACGGCGAACGAGGAGGGGUACUCCACUUCCAGUGACACGGAGGUGGAGUACCCCGAUACUCCCACGCCAUUGACGAACUGGCAGAAGAGGAGUGCCUACCUGGACCUGGGCACACCAACCCCCCCGUCCGUCACCAACUCCAAGGGCUCAGCAAAGCCCAAGGCCAGCAGCUCCAGCCUGAGAAAGGUGGCUGCUCCAGUGCCUCUUCUGCCAGUUCGUCCAGUGCACCCGAUGCAGGAGACGACGCAAGAGGAAGCGGACAAGGAGCGUAAGGACCUGGAAGACGAGAUCGCCCAAUUCUCCAGGGAGUCAAGUGCCCAAGGCAUACCGAUGGAGCUUCAACGCUUCAAGAGGAGCGGCGAGGACGCCGCCGUCAUCACCAAGAAUGCAUACAAACUCCAACCCCGUUACCCUAACGAUCCUUCUACUCAUCAGAUCCCUCGUGGUCCUGUUCCUCCGCCCGGUCGUAUGCCUCCUCCUGUUCCUCCGCCCAGCCGUAUGCCUCCUCCUGUUCCUCCUCCUCAACCUCGCCGUCCUCCUCCUCCUCAGGUCCCUGCUCUGGCUGCUCAUCCCGCCGUCGACAUGUGCGGUAGCAUGUCGUAUCACGGAUCCAUCGAAGAUCAAGCACGCCGCCCUUACCUCUCGCGUGUCCCAGCUACUACCAGCACCACUAUGGUAAGAGAGCGACCCGUUUUCAGCAUCCCAGGCCGCGACGAAUAUGAGCGGAAGAAGAUCACUUUGGAAGCUGAUGAUGGACCAUUCGCACAGGCUAUCAGCAUGCACGACUUGAAUCGGUCGCGGCGAAUCAUCAACGAGGAGGUCGAUGCCCGAGCUCCUGCUAGGCCUGAUUGGAAGGAGGAUAUGAUGUGUGGAUGCGUACUCAUGUGA